UAAUUUCAACAAGACAUCCGAGAGCUAUCUGAGAUGGCCAACAGAGGCGAGCGCAGAGAAGACGAGCGCAGGACAUCUGUGCCCGCGGGUUUGCUCGUAGACCUUGCUUUGUGCAUAGGUAUUCAAGGAAACACCAGAGCAUCUAUUGUUAUCCGGACUGCAAUGGAGGUAAUUCGCAGAGAAAAGGAAAAUUUGAAGAGGUCGAAAGCGAAGAAUUCAGAGUUGGAAGAAAAGAAUUCAGAGUUGAAAGCGAUGAAUACAGCUUUGGAAGAAAAGAAAUCAGAGUUGGAAGAAAAGAAAUCAGAGUUGGAAGAAAAGAGAUCAGAGUUGGAAGAAAAGAAAUCACAGGUGGAAGAAAAUAAAUCAGAGUUGGAAGCAAUGAAUACAGCUUUGGAAGAAAAGAAAUCAGAGUUGGAAGCAAUGAAUGCAGAGUUCCAGGCGAAACUCACGAUGAUGGAGGCUUGUGGCAAAGAGCUGGGGACGAUUUUGCGAAUCCAGGGAGAUAUAAGCCCCAAAAAGAUAUUAGACUCUGUAUCGAGGAACGCAACCUAUGUCAACCUACUAUCGACAAGCACAGCUAUGACUCAAGAACAAGAAAAGGAGAAGACGGCUAGUGCUCGUCGGAAAUCUGGAGAUCUCAAGAGACAACUUAGAGUUGCUUAUCACCAGAUGAAAUGUCUCAAAGAUGAGAACGAUAGCUUGAAACGGAGUAAAGAAGCGAUAUUCUUUGCUGAGGCAUUCCAAAACAUAUGGAAUAAUAUCCUCAGGAUGUGGGAUCAAUAUUAUAUUCGAGAAACUAGCGAAUUUAGUCUUGCUGUUUCACAUGUCUGGCAACACCUUUGCGAUAAGAUUUGGUGCCAUGAAGGGCCGCUUGAAGGCUUGCCGUCACUACCUGCCGGAGAUACUCGCUAUUAUACAACUAGCAUUCUCGCAAAAUUUCGUUCGGUCACUCAGGACAAUGGGCCGCUUGAUUCAGAUUUAGCCCAUAUUUUUUUGGAGGCAGCCAACCUUUGGGUGGACUUGCAUAAAGACAAUUUCUCUGUUCAUGUUAGUCGAGUUCUCAGGGAACUGGAUGGUGAUUCAUUCAUUUCUCCGCUUAUCGUGGUUCAAAACGAGCAUGGCCCUCUUGUGUGCUCAGGCAAUGCAUACUUUCCUAAGGCUGAGUUGAAAGAAUGUUAUUAUAAAACUUGACUCAUUAUUGUUACAUGUAUGCAACUUGAGUGGUCGAAUGUUUACAUUGAAAUGUGGAAAUACUACUAUUACUCAUGUGGAAGCCAAAAUAACG